AUGGCCAGACCCCCAGUCCCACUCCUGCCCCGCGGCUUCCAGCUCCCAGCACACGGUGCCCCGCUGCGGGGCCCCGAUGAUGCCACCCCCGCAACUCCCGCAGCGCCCCACGGCACGUCCCGCUGCCCCCCGCGGGGCCGGCGGCCGGGGCCCGGGGCCGAGCCGUGGCGGUGCGGGAAGGGGGGCCCGCGGCAGAGCGCCAGCGAGCGGGAGAAGCUGCGGAUGCGGCGGCUGGCGCAGGCCCUGCUGCGGCUGCGGCACUACCUGCCGCCCGCGCUGGCGCCCGCCGGGCAGAGCCUCACCAAGAUCGAGACCCUGCGCCUGGCCGCCCGCUACAUCGCGCACCUCUCGGCGCUGCUGGGGCUCAGCGAGGAGGCGCUGGCCCGGCGGCGGGGGGCGGCCCCUCGGCACUGCCCGCUCUGCCCCCAGGGCCUGGGGUGCUGCCGGAGCCCGGACCCCCGCCCGCGCCCGCCCGCGCCGGCCCCGCGCGAUGCUUCGCCCCCCGGCGCUGCGGGCUGGGGGUCAGCUCCCAUGGCCGGGACCCCCCCCGAGGUGCUCGGGGCUGCCGCCAUGGGGACGGGGACCUGGGGGUCGCCCCCCUACAUCCCUGUGACGGGGGUGCCCCCGGAGCUGCACGGGAGCCCCGGCUCCAUCUCAGGGUCCUGGUCGUCCCCGCUGUGUAGCCUCGGAGCAGUGACGCCCCUGCAGCCCCCCCAGAGACACACCGCGGCCACGGGCACCGGGACAGCUUCCUCCUGCUGCUUGGAACCUGCAACCCCACCUCAGCCUCCCGCGGUAGGACUGACGGACACAGGCUCCCCUGCGACUCCCGCGCCUGGCUCCCAGAUGCCUGCGCACCUUCAGCUCCGCAUCCCACCGGCUCUGGACAGAAUCCUCGCCCCAGCGCCCCACACAGCCGCGGUCCUGCCCGGCUGCCCCCCAGCGCGGCACUGGGGGGGCUGGAGCUGAUCCCUCACCCCCAGCCACAGAGGCUGUACGGGGACAGGGAUGUGGCCGCACCGGAUGGACACUGGGGCCAGGCUCCUCAAUAAAACUGCUGUGCACUGCUGCAA